AUGGAUCCAUCUAGGCCCUGGCAGGGCUUAAACCUCACCGCGGAUAAACAGGUGGCGCUCGCUUUCCGAAGUCUAGUCCAAUGGCGUGUUGGGAAUGGAGAGCACGCCCUUUUUUGGGGAGAUAGAUGGCUCAAUGGAGGCAUAGUUGCGGAGAUUGCACCCUUGGUGGCUGCUAGAGUCAGGACGCAGGUGGCAAACAAACGUCUCGUCAGUGAGGGGCUUUGCUCGCACGCUUGGACUGAUGACAUCACCGGGAUCCUCGACGCUGACGCUCUUGCCCAGUUCAUCCGGCUAUGGGAGCUUCUUAUGGAGGUACACUUGGAUUCGGAGCUGGAAGAUGCUCCUCUUUGGGCAUGGAAUGAGUCCGGUGUCUACUCAGCAGCAUCGGCUUACAGGAUGCUUUGUAUGGGUGGGAUUCGGUUCCGCUCUUCCGCGGCCAUCUGGAAAUGUUGGGCGCCGCUGUCCUGUCGGAUCUUCAUGUGGCUCGUGGUGCAAUAUCGCCUUUGGACUUCGGAUAGGAGAACUAGACAUGGGCUACAAGACCAAACCUCCCCGUGCUACCUCUGUGAUCAGGAUGAGGACAAGGUGGACCACAUCUUGCUACAGUGCGCGUACGCCAGGCAUGUGUGGUUUCUUUGUUUCACCAGGAUCGGAGUGGAUCUUAAUCUUUGCCCCACGGUGCAGUCCCACUUGGCGGAGUGGUGGUGCGAGGUGAGAAAGCGAAUUGCCAAGACAAGCAGGAAAGGCUUUGACACGGUGGUUAUGUUAAUAUGCUGGUCUCUGUGGAAGCAGAGGAAUGCGAGAGUCUUUGGUAGGAGCGGCACGUUAGAUGUGUUCGGCGUGACGGAGGCCAUAUUCCAUGAAUUGGUUACCUGGAAGCAGGCCGGAGCGACCGGAGUGGAGCAUGUAGUUGAGUAG